UGAGAAAGAGAAAGAGAAAGAGAAAAAGAAAGCAAGACCAACGAAACCGUGAUUAGCUUUGUUAGGUCAUAGAAUUUCAGAAACACCACACCGAUGCAAGCUGUGGUGCUCAAUACACAGUCCUACUGCAGAGGCCUUGAACCUCCUUCAUGUUCUCCUUCGUCUACCUUCAAAAAGUGUACAAGGUUUUUGGGCAGCCAUGUUCCUCUCAGGAGGAGAGGUAACCUGUUCCGUCCUUCUGUUCGGAUUCAUUUACCGCACUCUACACGUGGGUUUGUUGUAAAGGCCGUUGCUACUCCAAAUCCAGCUGUGGAAUUGCCAUUAACGGCUGAAAACGUGGAAAGCGUACUGGAUGAAAUUCGACCAUACCUCAUUGCAGACGGUGGAAAUGUGGCUUUGCAUGAAAUUGAUGGCAAUGUUGUACGAUUGAAGUUACAGGGUGCAUGUGGCUCGUGCCCAAGUUCUGUUAUGACUAUGAAAAUGGGCAUUGAGCGUCGAUUAAUGGAAAAGAUCCCUGAAAUAGUGGCAGUUGAACCAAUCGCUGAUGGAGAAACUGGUCUUGAGCUAAAUGAAGAAAAUAUAGAGAAGGUUCUAGAGGAAAUAAGGCCGUACCUGGUUGGGGCUGCUGAUGGAUCUCUUGAAUUGGUUGCCAUUGAUGAGCCAAUAGCAAAGGUUCGAAUCACAGGUCCAGCUGCUGGUGUCAUGACUGUACGUGUUGCUGUUACACAAAAAUUGCGAGAAAAAAUACCCGCCAUUGCAGCAGUUCAGCUUCUAUGAAAUUUUGGUUCAAAACAAGAAUAGAACUAUCAUGGCAUUCUUGUAAUUUUUCGUGAACAACACUAAUAGAAAUAAAGUGUUACAUGUGAUGUAUAGUAUAUAUGUAGCCACAGGAUGAAAUUUUCUUUUCUUGGGUAAAUUCCAUAUAUAAAUGCUUUUACACAGUGAAAGAAGGCUUCUCAAGCUACUC